CAACUAAUAAGUUGUUUAAAAUGUAUUAUAUUUGAAUUUAAAGCGGUUAUUUUGAGAACUACACAUGAAUCUAACCAACAAUAUUUAUGCAGGUUUAUUUUUUGUUUGAAUUAAUUUUAUCGUGAAAUAUACACGAAACGAUGAUAAGAAGUUAAUACUGUGAUAAAUUUUAAGUGAAUACAAUGUCCAAGUAAAUAAAAAAGCGUAUAAAUCCAUGUCAUCAGAGUUUCUUCAAAAUCUUAUUCAAGGGACGAUGAGUGACUUUCAACCAGCACCCCGGAAAGGAAUACAUGAAGAUAGAACAACGCCAAAGAGGCCAACAGAUAAGCAAGCGAUAAAGAAAAAUCACAGUUUAUCAAGUACAAGCCUCAAUUCAUCAGUAUCAGGCGAUGAAUGGGAAAAUGAAGAACAAAAUGUGUCUACACAAGUCAUAAACAACAGCGCAAACUCUCAAAGUAAGAAUAUAACACCCGAAAAGAGAAAUAACACAAAUAAUUCAAGUUCAAACAAUAGAAAAUCACAAUCUAGUAUGACAUUCUCUGUUAUUGCACUAAUAUUAGUUGUAUUUGCUGUCGUAAUUGGUGUAAUGUGCACAGAUACCUUAAAAUUGAUAAAUUUACAAGAUGGCCACCAAAUGACACCAAAAAAAUGUACCCUGAGCAAAUUAUUCAAUGAAACUGAACAAUUAGCAAUCAAAUCCGCAGUCUAUGAAAUACAAAAUGGAGAUCUAUCAGUCCUCAUGUUAAUUCAGCAAAAAAACACACAAGUUGAUGUAAACAAUGAACGAAUCGCAUCAAUUCUAGAAUAUUCCACUUGUAAACUGAAUAAUCUCAAUGCUUAUGCCGAGAUCAGUCAGGAAUUAAUGCACACGCCCGAAAUAAUCGAAGAUUACGGCAAAUUGAUCACAAAAUACAAACCGGAACUCGAAAAAAAGCAUGUAUUGCUAGUGAAAAACUUAGAAGAGACACCAGCGGAAGUAGCAAUGUUAUUUCACUUCAUUUGUGAUCAAGUCACGCCAGUUGUAGAGAAAUUAUUGAUUAUAUUCACUCUGGAGUUUGAAGAGGCAGAUACACAUGAAGGUACAAAGCACUUGAGUGAUUUUAAUAUUGUAGAGAAAGUUUUGAAUGCAAAAUGGAAGAAUGGCCUGAAACCGGAUGCUCUGCCGCCAUUAAUCGCGCGAUUAACAAAUGAAGUAAUGCGAAUGGAGUAAUGUUUGUGAAAAGUGAUGUUUCGAACAAAUAAUGAACAAAUUUUGAUUGUGAUACAAGAAAAUGUAGAAAUAUUCAAUAAACUUUGCUGUUACUGAAA